AUGAAUAGAAAGCGCUCAGUCGAGGGUCAAGCGAGUCGUAGCGACGAGCGUUAUCUUGUUAGUAUUGAUCAAAAUGAUCGUGGAAUAUGGAUCGUUCGAUUAACAUUAUGUAAUAAUAAUGAUCCUGAUCUUCAAGCUGUUUUUGAUUAUAUGAAAGAUCAAUAUGGAAAUGGUGAAACAACUAUUCAUUCACUUGGUUUGAUAUUAGCACAAAUGGGUAAAUAUGAUGAAGCAGAGAAAUAUUAUCGUCGUUUAUUAAAUGAUAUAAAUUCAUCUGAUUAUGAAGAUAUUAGUGCUUGUUAUCAUAAUCUUGGCAAUUUAUUUGAUGAUAAAGGUGAUUAUGAGUCAAGUCUGGAUUGGCAUCAUAAAGCACUUGAUAUCAUGAAAAAAAUCUUCAAAGCGGAUGAUUCUAGAAUUUCCACUAGUUAUAAUAGUAUAGCUGCUGUUCAUUCGAAAAUGAAUAAUUAUGAUGAAGCACUUGAGUGUUAUUUGAAAGCAUUGAAGAUCUGGAAACAAGCAUUAGGUGAAGAACAUCCAAAUAUUGGUCAAUGUUUAAGUAAUAUAGCUGGCAUCUAUCAAAUGUGUGAGAAAAGCUCGGAGGCACUUGAAUAUUCUCAACAAGCUUUAGUUAUUUAUCAACGAUAUCUUCCUGCUAAUCAUCCUCAAAUGGGUGAUCUACAUAAUAAUAUUGGUGUAAUACAUUUAGGUCUCGAUCAUUUAGAUCUUGCCUUGGAACAUUUAAAUAUGUCACUUAAUAUCAAGAAAAAAUGUUUGCCUUCGCAACAUCCGGAUAUUGCAAUGACAUUGGCUAAUAUUGGUCUCAUUUAUGAAAGUAAAGAAGAAUGGCAACAGGCAGUCUCAUAUCUCGAAAAAGCAGUUAAUAUUUACCGACAUGUACUCUACUCUAAUCAUCCGAUUUUACUUAAAGUUGAACAACUUCUUGCACGUGUUUCUUCAAGAUCCAAGAUGGCAUAA